AUGGAAGGGCUCCUGGAUUCAGAAGAGUUUUGCUGUUCUAUUUGCCUGGAUUUGCUGAAAGAUCCAGUGGCGAUUCCAUGUGGGCACAGCUACUGCAUGGAAUGCAUUAAUGAUUAUUGGAAGAAAAAUGAUCAUUUGGGGGUCUUCAGCUGUCCUCAGUGCGGACAGACGUUUAGUCCUAGGCCUGUUUUGAACAGAAAUACCAUUCUGGCAGAUAUGGUGGACAAGCUGAAGAAACUGGAACUUCUGGGCAACUCUCACAUUUACGACAACUGCAUGCCAGGUGAUAUGACCUGUGAUUUCUGUACAAGUAUCAAGCAAAAAGCUGUGAAGAGUUGUUUGGUUUGUUUGGCAUCUUACUGUCAAAACCACCUUCAAGCACACUACAAGUCUCCUGCCUUGAAGAAACACAAGCUGAUUGAAGCCUCCGUGAACCUGCAGGAGAAGAUCUGUCCUCAUCAUGACAAAUAUUUGGAGAUGUAUUGUCGAACUGAUCAACAAUGCAUAUGUCUUUUGUGUGUGAUGGAUGACCAUAAAGGUCACGAUACAGUACCCGCAGCUGUGGAAAGCACAAAGAAACAGAAAGAACUAGGCAUGACACGCCAGAAAUACAAGCUCAAAAUCCAUGCUAAAGAGAAGGACCUACUGGAGCUUAAACAGGCUGUAGAUGCCCUGAAAUACUCAGAUUCCUGCCCGCUGCAACUAAAUCCUUUAACAGCCCACAAGGACCUUAGUUUGUCCAAGGGAAACAGAGAAGUGGCCGUUCGGAGCCGAGUGCAGUCCUGUCCCGACCACCCGGAGCGCUUUGAUUACUGGUGCCAGGUGCUGGGCACGGAGGGCCUGACAGGCUGCAGCUACUGGGAGGUGGAAUGGAGUGGGAUGGGAGUAAACAUUGCAGUCGCAUACAAAAACAUUGCCAGGAAAGGGGAAAGCAGUGAAGCUCACUUCGGUCACAAUGACAAAUCCUGGAGUUUGUUCUGCUGCAGGAAAGGUUAUGCUUUCUGGCACAAUGGGAUUGUCAGUAAGAUCUCAGAGCCUGGCUCGUCAAAGAUAGGCAUUUAUCUGGAUCAUAGGGCCGGGACACUAGCGUUUUACAGCAUUGAUGACUCAAUGACCCUCCUCCACAGAGUUCACACCACAUUCACACAGCCUCUCUACCCUGGCUUUGAGUUUUCAUGCUAUGACGCCUCAGUCAAGUUGUGUCAGUUGGAGUAAGGGAAAAAGGGUAGGCCCAUUUGGCAUUGGUAAUUAAAG